AUGCGAAAUCCGAAGGCAUUAUACGAUCGCAAAGUCAGUGCGCAUAAUGGACCUUGCCUUACUGUGGAUUGGCAUCCCAAUGGAAAGUUGGUUGCGAGUGGAGGCAGAGACAAGACGAUCAAAGUGUGGGAUAUGACAGCAGACAGUAGACGGCCACUCUAUACGAUCCGAACCAUGGCUUCUGUGUCUCGUAUCCAGUGGCGACCUGGAUUCGAGAAUGAGAUUGCGUCCUGUGCUCUGCUGACAGAUAGUAGAAUACAUGUUUGGGAUAUACGAAGACCACAUAUAGCGAAAUAUGCAUUCGAUGAGCAUGAUACCACACCAACAGGAUUUACAUGGCAUACCUCUAGUGAACUACUGUCAGUUUCCAAAGACAAGUGGUUUAUUCGACAAGAUAUUCGAAGCUCCUAUCGGCCCUUUGACCUGCUAAAGAGAAAUGGCAUGGGAUGGAACGUGCAAGGUGAUGUUGCCUUUACAAUCGAUAAAAGUUCUCGCGAAUUGUUUGUAAACGAGAGUCUGAUUACGAAACCAUUGGCUGGAUCACCCAAGAAUUACAAGCGAUUAGGUAUGAAAAGCGCAUCGGAAGAAGAGGUCAUUCAAUAUAUACCCCCUCAAAGUUCUGGUAUUGUUCAUAUGCCAUUGUUUGAUUUUGAAGCCUUUUCGGUUUUUGCCGAGAAUUACGUUAUUUCCAGUGAGAAUGUGGCAGUGGCCUGUGAUAUCAAUGGCGAGCUGGCGUGGAAGAUGGGACGGUAUCGUACAGCACAAACAUGGAAGAUCAUUGGCAUGUUUUACAGCGAUGAGCCAGUGGAAGCGGAUCAAGGCGAUAAUAUACACGAAGACAUGUCAGAGAUGGAUACAAAUACCGAAGACAACAUGGAUCUCGAAGAUAGCCAUCUAGACACUGCAAGUUUUCGCAUACAAGAGCAAGAUCAGAUUCAGAUAGAAGACGAGACAGAGAGUGGCGAUAUCUCACAAUCAUCAGAUGGGGAUGUAGAGAGCUUAAACACAAGCAAUUCUUCAUUUGUACAGCACCCAUCAUCGCCAUUCAACUUGCGGUUGCCAUGGAAACAUGAGCCCGUCGUCAUGGAACUAUUACAAUAUUAUACAGAUCAAGGCGACAUUCAAAUGUGUGUUACAUUGUAUUUGGUGCUGGAAAAAUACCUGAACAUCGAUCAUGAACGAAUUGAAGAUUGGUUCACAGCUUAUAUUGAUCUUUUGCAUCGAUUCAAGCUAUGGUCCACUGCUACUGCCGUUAUCAAGGCGUGCAAAGUGCAGAAUGUGCGAGAGCGAAAUGAGAACGCGACUACUAUCAAUAUUGCUUGUAAUACAUGCUUCAAGCUAGUGAAUGGCACAGCAGGAGGAUCGUGGGCAUGCGAUAAAUGCCAUCGAUUACUAAAUCCUUGUUCUAUAUGCCAUCAAACGGCGCGUGGGUUAUAUGUGUGGUGUCAAGGCUGUAACCACGGCGGUCAUCUCUCUCAUAUGCGAGAGUGGUUCAUUACAGAGAAACUGUGCCCCACUGGAUGUGGCCAUACAUGUGUACUACAACCACUGCUAUUGAAACAGGACCCACCUCCCUAA